AUGGUCUCAUCCCAAAGGGUGGCUGUAGCAGAGUCUGAACCUUCACGAAGGCUAUACAGACUCGAUGAAAUACAUCGACACAAUUCGACUGCAGAUUCUUACUGGGUGUACUAUGGCACCAGUGUUUACGACAUCACAGACUGGGUCCCAAAUCAUCCUGGUGGCGAGGUAAUCCUUAGAGCAGUCGGAGGCAACAUCGAACCGUACUGGAACAUAUUCACGAUUCACAAGAAGCAAGAGGUGCACGAUAUCCUUGAGCAGUACCUGAUUGGUGAAAUAGAUCCAAGGGAUCUUGUCGAAGGCAAAGCACCCAAUGAUGAAGUCGAUGAUCCUUUCAAGAAGGACCCGGAGAGAUCUGACGCACUGAUCGUUCGAUCUUCGCGACCCUGUAAUGCAGAGACUCCCAAGGACCAGCUAGAAACGUUCAUCACACCCAGCGAUCAACACUACGUUCGCAACCAUCUCUGGGUACCUCCAUUGCAAGACGCUGAGAGUCAUCGCCUGACUAUCGAAUUGAACGAUGGGACCGAAAAAGAAUACUCCGUGCGUGAUCUACGCAACAACUUCCAACAUCACACUAUCACGGCUACAUUGCAAUGCUCUGGCAACCGUCGAGCUCACAUGUCUGCUGAAGCGCAAGCGACAAGUGGCCUACAAUGGGAUGUUGGAGCCAUCAGUAAUACUGAGUGGACGGGGGUCAGGCUGCGCGAUGUGCUUCGAGACGCCGGACUUCAGGUGGACGAGCUGCCAGAAGACGUCAAACACAUUCAGUUCACGGGGGCUGAAGCCUAUGGUGCCUCGGUGCCUGCGAUCAAGGCUUUGGACAGAUACGGCGAUGUCUUGCUUGUCUUCGAGAUGAACGGCCAGCCACUGAUGCCCGAUCAUGGAUAUCCACUCCGUCUCUUAUGCCCUGGUCAUGUUGCCGCUCGCAGUGUCAAGUGGUUACAAAAGAUUACCGUCUCGGAAGAUGAAUCUUGGUCUCAGUGGCAGAGACGAGAUUACAAAUGCUUCGGUCCCAAUCAACGUAGUGAUGUCGAUUGGGACCGAGCUUCAAGCAUCCAGGAGACUCCUGUGCAGUCUGCUAUAACAUCCAUUUCAACCAUCGCCAAGGAUCGCCUAGCUAAUUUGAGACUUGCUCAAGUCUAUGGUCUCGAGGAGGAUAUCGUAAGGGUUGCUGGUUAUGCCAUGUCAGGGGGCGGCAGAGGUAUCAUUCGGGUCGAUGUUAGUCCUGACAACGGCCGCACUUGGCAACAAGCACGUCUAAUCAAAGACGAAUGCAAAGGCAGCAAAUCUUGGUCUUGGAAACGAUGGGAAAUUGCUUUUAGUAAGCAUGAUCUUGCCAAGUGUGUGGUGGUUAAAGCUAUCGACGAUUCGUAUAAUUGUCAGCCAGAAUCGUUCCCUGCAACAUAUAACUUCAAAGGUAAUCUAGCCACAGCUUGGCAUAGAGUACCAGUAUAA